AUGUCCAACUCCGGCUCAGAACCCGAGUCCGAAUGGGUCCCCUCCACCUCCGUCGACGACUUCCGCCGCGUCCUCGCCUCGUCCACGCACAUCAUCGUCGUCGCCGGCGCCGGCCUCUCCGCCGCCUCUGGCAUCCCCACCUUCCGCGACACCGGCGGCCUCUGGCACGGGCGGGACCCCGACGAGGUCGCAACGCCCGGCGCGUUCGCAAAGGACCCAGCCAUGGUGUGGCAGUUCUACCAUAAACGGAGGGAGGAGGCGAAGAGGGCACAGCCGAAUGCGGGGCACUAUGCGCUGGCGAUGAUGUGUGAGCCGGUGCACUUGAGGGCGGUAGCGCCGCGGGCGCGGUCGCUCUCAUUGUUCACGCAGAAUAUUGACGGGCUGAGUACGAGGGCGAGGGAGGUGGUGGGCAGGCAUGUGUGGCCGAUGGGGAGGGCGCCGGGCGCGGAAGUCCCUCACCCACUUUUUGAGAUGCACGGCAGGGUGCUGGACACGCUGUGCACGGUGUGCGGCUAUAGAGAGCACAACGUGAUGGAUCUAGCAUGCCCUGCGCUUAGUGACGAAACGCGGGACCCGGCGAGCAUCGCACUGGAUGAACUCCCGCGGUGCGCACGUUGCAAGGGUUUGUUACGACCCGACGUAGUGUGGUUUGAGGAGGUUCCUCAUGAUCUCCCCACAAUUGAUGCACUGGUCGCCCAAGCGGAUUUAUGCAUUGUUGUUGGGACGUCGUCCACUGUCCAGCCAGCAGCGAGCUUCGCAUACGAGGUGGUAGAUCGCGGCGGGGCUUCUGCGGUGUUCAACAUUGCGCGAAGCGACGGUGACGAGGCAUCCGACUUUCUCUUUAUCGGACCGUGCGAGGAGACAUUGCCUCGAAUCUUGUUGGGUGUCGGACAAGCCCCACAGAAUAGGGCUACCGCAUAGAAUAUGAGAUUUGGACAUAACACGAAAUAAGCCCCCUUUG